AUGGCCGAACCACUUACUGUUCCCGGGGACGCUCUCGGCACAACAGUCGCCCGCAGCGGGGUCAGUGUAGAAAUGACCUUGGGCGGCAAGACCCUGGACCCGAACCGCUAUGCCACCAAGAAGACGGUCGCUCAGGGCAUGCUGGACAUCGCCCUCCUGACGGCCAACGCGUCCCAGCUCAAGUACGUCCUCAGGAUCGGCGAGAAACACGAGUUCUAUAGCCUUAUGCUCGGCCUUAUCAUCACGUCGUUGAUCCUGCAGCUGCUUGUCGGGCUGCUGUCGUUCUCGUUGUCCAUGCUCCGCGACUGCCGGCUGCACCUGCCCGAGUUCCGAAUCUCCGCUCUGGUGAUCAACCACGUAAAUAUCAUCUGCGUCUUCAUCAUCACGGCUCUGAACAUCCUCAUCAGCGGCUUCGGAAUUUACCCGUCGGGCACAGCGGCGUUGCAGUCGGCCGUCUUCUGAUCAGGACCGGAUGGGAUCGGAUUAGAUUCGGGUGGCGUCGGAAAAGAUCGGAUCGGAACCAAGGGGGCUCCGGCGAGAAGAAGGAUGGGAUGCGUCAACAGCUGAUUCGCUUUUGUUUUUUUGGUUUUGUUUUUACAGGCGUCGGGUUCAAGAAUAUUUUCUUUGACGUGAAGAUUAUUAUUAUAUAUUUUUUUUAUUAUGUAAUAUAUCAAGUGGAUUCAAUCGCCGGAAAUCAUAAAUUAGUUGACAUUAUUAUGUAUUAUGAUUAAGGAAUGACGAUAAGAGUUGUAAGUUAAUGCCUUUCAAUAUUUCCUAUCCGUGGUCAUCGCCACAUUAAAGAAAAGAUAAAUGUAUAGUGCCAAGACCUACUCAUGCUCUGUAACCAAGUUGCCAGGCACUCGCGUAUCAGAAUAUGGAGCUUUUCGUCAGUUCAGGAUUUUUAUAUAUGGUGGUCAUUGCCACGUUAUUGCAAGACGAUCAUUUUUGUUCAGAAAGAUUUGCGAAGGCGACUUCCAGCUUGGCUUUGUUAUGAUCUUUGACUUCAGUCCACAAGGCAACACGCUACCUUUAAGAAUCCUGUGGCGAAAGCACGAUUGCCAUUGUGUUUGUCUGUUUAGUAUAUGUACCCAUGAGAGGAUGUGAAACUAUGCGUGCGAAGGUGGGUGUGUGUGUGUGUGCGUGUUCGUGUGUGCGUAUGCGUAUGCGUCUGCGUGUGCGUAUGCUUCUAUGUGUGCGUAUGCUUCUGCGUGUGUGUGUGUGUGUGUGUGUGUGUGUGUGUGUGUGUGUGUGUGUGUGUGUGUGUGUGUGCGCGUGCGUGCGUGCGUGUGCUAGUGUGUGUGUGUAUGUAUGUAUGUGGGCGUGCGUGUAUGUCUGAAAUUUCCCGCAACAAUGGUUAAAAAAGUGCUCUAUCAUGCUAUAGAUAAUCAAAUAAAGCAACACCCAUUUUUAACUGAUUAGAUUAUGUUAAUGACAGUUUAAGGUGUUAAUUUGUUUAGGAAAGUCCUGAGAACAGACAGUGAAUGUUUAUGGUAGUCUUGAUAAGCACUUUUUCAAUUUUUUUUAUAGGUUUGGCCAUGAUUCUUGAAAAAAAUAAAAGAAGUAUUACAC